CACUCAGCAGCAGUCGCAGUCGAAUCUUAAACAACAUGAAAUACCUGUGUGUCAUCUUUAUGCUGGCCAUGUGCCUGGUCAGCUGUCUGGCAGCGAACGCGGAGCCAACCGAUGCCGGAGCAGCGCCAGCGGCUGAGCUGGACGCAACGCUGGACGAGAAGAAGACGGAGAAGCGCGGCAUCUAUGGCUUUGGCUAUGGACAUUAUGGGCAUGGCGGCUAUGGCGGCUAUGGCGGCUAUGGACAUGGACACGGACAUUAUGGCGGCUAUGGCCUAGCCACACCCUAUUAUGGCGGCUAUGAGUAUGUGCAGCAUGCUGCGCCCUAUUAUGGCGGCCACCAUGGCUACUAUCCGUAUCAUCAUGGUCACUAUGGUUUCUAUUGA